AUGCUCACACAGCACGUGUUCUCUUCUCUUAAUUACACAACAUUAAAAAAUGCACGCGCAUCUAAACUUACAAAAGCAAAAGUUGUGACCGUUAAGAUACAUGUAGGGUUGAUAUCAAUAGUACUGAUAGAUGAUGUUCAAGGAAAUAUUGAAAAUGAUGUAAAAUGUGAAAUUCUGUUAAAUGUCACAUAUAAUGGAGAGAUAUUUGAAAAUUUCCUGAAUAUCAGUCUUAACAUAAGCUAUUGGAAUCUAAGUGAACCAGUCGUUAAUGUUUCUUGGGAAUACUUCUUACCACCUUACAUAAAGUUUCCAUCUAUAUAUACAUCAGUAAAUGAAGUUUAUAUUCAUAAUAAUAGUUUUAAAUAUGAGGUUAAACAAUUACCAAACAUUGGAAUUAAUCAAAAUGUUAUUGGUAUUAUUGAUAAAACUAGCUGUUUGUUUUGCCAAACUUACAUUGACAUUCCAAUAAUGAUACAUUUUGAAAAUAAUAAUAGAAGUUCAUGUAAUUUAUUUCAAACACUUUGGAAUGAUGUAGACAAAAUUUGUAACACGGAAAGUAUUGUAACAGAAUGUGUAAACUGGAUUGAUUAUUGCAACUGGACAAACAGCGAUUAUGUGAACACCAAUAGUUGUUACAAUUCUACUUGCACGCCUGUUUGCUUUGUUG